AUGGAUUCCUGUUUGCGCGCACUUUGCAUGACUUUUGUCCUGGCAUCGUUUACCCGGAGGUCAGGUGCGGUCGGACCGGUGAUCAGAUGCGAGCCAUGUGAUGUUGGAGCGCGGCUUUUGUGCAAACCUUUACCUAAGGACUGUGCCGAGAGAGUCCGCGAACCCGGCUGCGGCUGUUGCAUGACUUGUGCGCUGAGCUUCGGCCAGCCGUGCGGCGUGUACACCGGGAGAUGUGGCUCCGGGUUGACAUGUCAGCAUCAGCCCGGUGAAACGAAACCUCUGCAGGCUCUGCUGGAGGGACGGGGGAUUUGUGCAAACGCUACUAAUAAACGACUUACUCCCAGACCAACACCUCCAGUCAAUGAGCUACCAGCAGAGAAUAUUGAAACUCAGGACGAGGAGAGGAAUUCCACCGGCUCAGGCCUCCAAACAUUGUACAGCACCCACAGACCCAUGGGACCCUUGAGACCUCCUCCUCACCCCUUUUUCCCCUCUGCCAAGUCUGAAGUCCUAAGAAGAGAGCAGCAGAAGAAAACCCAGAACUUUAAAAUUGAGGAGCUCCCAGGACCACUCAUCACAGACCAACAAAACUUUUCUCUAGAGACCAAACAGGAGCCUGAGUAUGGUCCCUGUCGGAGAGAGAUUGAGAGCAUUCUCAGCAGCCUCAAGAUUACAGACAUUCUCAACCCCAGAGGUUUCCGCAUACCAAACUGUGACAAGAAGGGCUUCUAUAAGAAAAAGCAGUGUCGUCCAUCCAAAGGCAGAAAGCGAGGCUUCUGUUGGUGUGUGGACAAAUAUGGGCAGCCUUUGCCAGGUUUUGAUGGGAAGGAGCGAGGAGACGCCCAGUACUACAACUCUGAGAGCCAAUAAGAGCAG